AGUUUCCCGCUGCUGUUGCAUCGAAGUUACCCGUAUUCUCAAAACACCCAUCCAAGCAGCACACUUUUCCUGCUCCUGUGGGUUGUGUGUUUGUGCGUGUGUGUAUGUGUCCACCACGGUGGUAAAGCGUCGUGGGCGCGGAAGGAAGUAUUCGUGGAUUUCUUCGAUCGGUAAGAAGCGCAAGAAGGGCCUCCGACCGCCUGUGCAGCAGCGUUCUUGUGCGCGCGUGUGUGUGAAGUGUUUGGGGGGCGCGAAUACGCGAAAUCAUUAUUCGGAAGAGAAAAGAAAUCGAAAUCCCCUCGCGAACCGCGUCCACGGUUGGAUUGGAAAGCAGCAGCUCUGUUUUUCGGACUGCUGGCCGCCGUCCUGAAACCGGAAAGUGGAGUGUACGAGCGACGUAGCGAAAGGAAAGAAUCCAAACAGAGUGCGGGAAGGGAAAAGAAAACAACCCGUCGUGUCCCGGUGACGUUUGGCCUCAUUCUGCACAACAAUCCGUGGCCUGCUGCAGCCCGCGUUGCAAGACGAAUCGGAACGACGAUCGUCGGUAGCCGUCGCCAUUAGCAACGGACGGAAGCACACCGUGCGCUUGUGUAUGCACGAGCAGAAAGGGCGAUAGAUUUGCCCUGCCCCACGAUCAUCUCGGUCACCGGUAGCAGCAGCGUCAUCCGGCCGUCAAGAUGUUGCGAUUUCUUAGCCGCCGGAAGGGGCGCAGUGCCGCCGCCGAUUCGGUCGACAGCCAGAUCAAAUCGCAGCGCAUUCCCACCAACAAGAACAUGAUCCCGUGCCGCGUGAUCCUGCUGGACAACACGGACCUUUCGGUGGAUUUGACGAAAAAAGCGAUGGCCAGCGAUCUGUACGAGCAGGUUUUCUACUCGCUCGAUCUGAUCGAGAAAGACUACUUCGGGCUCCAGUUCACCGACGCGAACAACGUGAAACAUUGGCUCGAUCCGACGAAGGCAAUCAAGAAGCAGGUGAAAAUUGGCCCUCCGUACACGCUGCGAUUGAAGGUGAAGUUCUACUCGUCGGAACCGAACACGCUGCGCGAGGAGCUGACGCGCUAUCAGUUUUUCCUGCAGCUCAAGCAGGAUCUGCUCGACGGAAGGCUAGAGUGUCCGGAUCCGCAGGCAUCCGAGCUGGCCGCACUGGCAUUGCAGUCCGAACUGGGAGAUUUCGAUGAAACGGUCCACUCGGCGGCUACGGUGUCCGAGUUCCGGUUUGUGCCCAACCAAACAGAGGAGCUGGAGAUCAUGAUUCUGGAGGAGUACAAGAAGUGUCGCGGACUGACGCCUGCCCAGGCGGAGACGAGCUUCCUCAACAAGGUCAAGUGGUUGGACAUGUACGGUGUCGAUAUGCAUACCGUUUUGGGAAAAGACGGUUGCGAGUAUCAUCUAGGUCUAACGCCGACGGGAAUCCUCGUAUUCGAGGGCAGUCAAAAGAUCGGACUCUUCUUCUGGCCGAAGAUUGGCAAGCUGGACUUCAAGAAGAAAAAGCUCACACUGGUCGUAGUGGAGGACGACGACCAUGGGCGCGAGCAGGAGCAUACGUUCGUGUUCCGGCUGCACAACGAGAAAGCCUGCAAGCACCUGUGGAAGUGUGCGGUCGAGCAUCAUGCGUUCUUCCGCCUGCGGGCCCCAGUCAAGGGUCCGUCGGCGCGGCAGAACUUUUUUCGCAUGGGCUCCCGCUUCCGGUACUCGGGCAAGACCGAGUUUCAGACGACGCAGCAGAACCGCGCCCGCCGGACGGUCCAGUUUGAGCGACGGCCCUCGCAACGGUUCGCCCGCCGCCAAUCGCACGUCCUUCGGGAGCGACAGAAACAGCAAGCGCCCGCGGCCGCCCAGCCCGACCAGCAACAGCAUCUUCUCCUGCCGCCAAACCACCACCACCACCAUCAGCCUGCCAGUGGAGCCUCUUCGGCCGACGAAGGACAGCAUUCUGGCACUUCCGGCACCUCGACUCCAUCCGCGAACACGGUGAUACACAACCACGUGCCGGGGUUGGGUGGCAGCAGCACGUCCGAUAUUGCACUAGGCGGAAGCACGUCGGCCGGUGGCACCGGUUACAUGAACGGAAACCUGCCCUCGCUGAGCUCGAACAAAUCCAUCUCCUCCAGCGAAGAUGUGGCGUAUGCGAGUAGCAAAAUGGGUUCCUUUGGCAAGGCGGGCUUAGCGCACGACCACGCUGCCACCGGUAGUGGAAAGCAUCCCUUCGGUGAAGCACACGAAAUGACCACGUUCGGGCGGUUCGGCGGAGCAUCGGGGGGACACAAUCACCAUCACAGUCACCACACAGGUGGUUCGUUCGGCAAGGCUUCGAUCAGCUCCGGGUUCAGCAUCCACACGAACGGGACGUCUUCGUCCGACCGGGACAGCCAGAUCGAUACGCUGCUGAAGACGAUCGCCAAGGACCCAUCGCCAUCGCUGCACGGCGUGGAGCUGAACGAUGCUAGUAGCUUUAAGAUCACCAUCAACAAGACUUCCGAGCUAGAGACUAACAACGACACGCUGAAGAAGUUGGCCACGACGCCGGCCGAGAAGCCGAACAAUCAGAUCAAACUGUCCAACAAUGCGGCGGCGGCCGCGGCGGCAGCUGCAGCGACUGGUGGGGCCGGCGUUCCGUUACCUCCCGGGCAGAUCAAGUGCAAUAUUUUAAAGGCACGCGUUGAGGAGGAACUGCAUCCGAAGCUUACUAAUCAUCAGCUGUACGUGCCGAGCCAGCCACUGCACGACGGUCCGGAGUCGCUCAAUGCCGCUACGUUCGUCUCGGUGGGUGGCGAUAAGCUAACACUAAAUCUAACCGGUACGACCACUCCGACGACUCCAACGGUGGGAAGCAGCGGUAGCAGCCACACUACGAUCACCAGCAUGGUCAGCUCUCCGAGUGACGCGACAGCCGUGCGUCGUUUGCCAUCGCCCACCGGAAUAAUGGGUACGUCCGUGAGCAGUUUCCUUCCUUCCACGACGCUGGUGUCCACAGUUUCCACUACGACAAAGGCAGCAGCAGCAGGAGCUUCCGGUGGUUCGGGCGGUGCCAUUCUUACCGUAGAGUCUCCAACGCUCCCCUUUACCAACGGGAUCGCUGCACUGCCAGCGCCAUCGCUCACGACCGACACCGUCACGGUGACGCACUUUUCCGAGCAGAAGGGUGGUGUGGUGGAAAAAAUAAGCGUUCCAGUGGCAUCGUCAUCAUCGUCCUCAUCGUCCUGCAGCAGUCCGGUAGCCGUCGGAUCGGAUGCGGACGUCGACAAACUGCUGCGCAACAAUGUCAACAAUCCGUUCCUGAACAUGUCCGGCCCAUCGUCACCGGUGCGCCCCAAGUCGACCAAUCCGUUCCACAACCUUUCCGGCGGGGCAAGUGGUGCAGCGUCGUCCUCCUCGUCCUCACCAUCUAUCGCGAUGAUGACGACGACGGUAGAAGAUGCACCGGCGACGCCGACAGACUCGGUGACCAUCGCCACAUCGGUGGCCGAGAAAAUGCCACCCACGCCAACAGUGCGCUUAAGCGAGUUCAAGAGCAACAAUCCGUUCAAGGUGGACGAACUGGUUGAACAAUCGGGGGUACCUGGGGCAGAGUCGUCGGAUCUAAACCGGAAAUCACCAUCGUACACCACUGUCAACGGGGCAGCACCAGGCAUAGAUCGUGAUGUGAUCGAUAGUAAUGGCGUGACGACGUCCACCGGCACUGGUGCCUCGGUCCUUCUGAAGGAUCGGAUGAAGGAAAACAUCAAACCGUCACCGGUGGACAUUUCACCGUGGUUAGUCUCGUCCGACGUAGUGACCGGUCCGACGAAACCGAAGGAGGCAACGAUUAUUCGUAAAUCGGUUAUUACAACGCAGUUGUAAUGCAGCAUGCUGCCGGAUAGCGCCGGAUUGUCGAUCACCACUCAUAGGGAUCGAAACGUAUUGGCUUAAGUGAACGCAUUUUUGUUUGCAUCGAUUCAUACAAAGGAAUUAUCCAUCCCAAUAGGAUUGAGGAACGAGGGAGGAAAAAAAAACAGGAAAAGAAAUCAUUUAGUAUUAGUUGUGAUCUCAGUACAUUCCAUUGUGGUUGAAACGCACCGAAGUCGCCCAAAAUACAGUUGGCUCGCGUGUCUCACCAUGAAACUAGCUACUGAAGUGAAAUGAAGUGAAACAACGAAUUUUAAAAAUAGAUUUUAAAACCGGUGGCGCCUUGCAGUUCCGUCGGGUAAGCUGCGACGAUGUAUCUCCCCUUCAUUUUCUUUAUUUAAAAACGUAACAGUCAAAACAUUGCGUCCAGUAGGGUUUGCGCAUUGGAUAGAAAUAUGAACAUGAGGCCUUGAGGUUUGAUAGAAUCGUAAUCGUGUAUUAAUGGAAGGGACUAACCGAGCGGAUCGUAGCGGGACGAUAGAGGAAGUGUUAUUUGGCAAAGCUUUUCGAAAAUACAUAGUAACUAUGUGAGUGCCUGUGUGAGAGAUAGUAGCAAACUGAUUUUAAUACCUGAGUAAAAACGUUUGGUAAUGCAGAAAACAUAUUCUAAUUGUUGAAUAAAAGUUGUAUAAUUUAUA